GCUCCCGCCCAAUCAGACUCCAGCUCGUCGUUCACCUGAUCACAGCGAAGCCAUUUUGUCCUGAGCUGCUCCGCCAGCGCAUUCUUCAGCAAACCGGAAUAACGUAGAGCUGACAGUUCGAACCACAGACACCGCGUCAGACAGGGGUUUUACAGCUACACCACCCCUCAUUCAGUCCCGAUCAGCUCGACGUCUCUCGUUCGCACCGUAGGCGGAACCGUGUCGUAUUCGCGGAUUAAGGGAGACUUUAAGCGGGACGGAAGGGAAGAGAACCAGGCAUCCGGUUAAAGACGCGCUGGCUCACCGAGCUGGAGUCCAACUUGAGCCGGACACUUUCAGCUGUCCGCGUCGGGAUGCGUGCUGGACUUGUUUUUAACAAUAUUUACCAGUCUUUUUGAAGAUUUUAUGUCAUCUAGGAAUAGCUUAGGCUCGCACGGGAUUGUUUUUUGUUGCUAGGGUCUAAUAUAAGGAAACUGGAGCACUAGUUCAAGUUCAGAUGUGAUAUAUCUACUCAGCUGGCUGGGCAGAUAGUUUAGGUUGUCGAUUAGAUAAGUCGCCUAAAUAAUACUUUGGUUUAUUUACCGGUAUAGUUGCAAUGUUUUGAGUUGAUCCAGCUUUCGUAAAGUCUCUCAUAGUGUUUGGUUUGUAUGUCUAUGCAUAUUUCUCGCAAGGAAACCUGUCGGAGUUAUUGACUGGUUAGGUCUCGGUGCCAAUAUAAUUAGUAACGUUAGGUUGAUAAAAGACAGGAAAAACCACAGAACAGAUUUAAUCUCAAACUAGUCUGCUGUGCUUCUCAUAUCCACUUUGUUUUCUUUUACAAGGUCUGUAUUGGUGGCUCAAGCUGGCUGACAGGUGAUAUUUUCUGCCUGAAUCCUCUGAGCUGGCCUCACUGAUAGCUAUGACAUUUUCCAACAGUUGUUUUGUAUCUUCAGACUUCAAUAUUACAAGUAUCUGCUCGUGGUGCCAACGCUGUAGGAGUAAUUUUAGCUAACAAAAGCUCAGAUCGCCCCUCCAUAUUAGUCACGGCAUAUCUAGUUGUGACAGUUUUAAUAGUUAGGUCACGUUUUCCCUUCAUUUUUUGCUACAAGUGUAUGAAUUAGUGCCAGUUGACUUGGUGGCUGGUUCGAAACUUAUCAAACUCAUCAGUUUGUAUCGAGUGUAUUUUUGUAAAAUCGUCAACUAGAUCUUAGUGGAAAGACACACCUUUGCAGCCAAACCAGGUCAAGUGUAGUGGUUAUUUUUCGUAUCUCAGAGUUGAAUAACAAUGUCAGGACAGUCCAUCACAGAUCGCAUCGCCGCGGCCCAGCACAGCAUGACUGGAUCAGCCAUCAGCAAAGCCGUCUGCAAGGCCACAACGCAUGAAGUCAGUGGACCCAAAAAGAAACACCUCGAUUACUUGAUCCACUGCACCAAUGAGAUGAAUGUGAACGUGCCGCAGCUGGCCGACAGUAUGUUUGAAAGAACCACCAACAGCAGCUGGGUUGUGGUCUUCAAAGCGCUCAUCACCACACACCACCUAAUGAUGUAUGGAAAUGAGCGUUUCAUUCAGUAUCUGGCCUCAAGAAACACGCUCUUCAAUCUGAACAAUUUCCUUGAUAAAGGUGCAUUGCAAGGCUAUGACAUGUCCACGUUCAUCAGGCGGUACAGCAGAUAUCUCAAUGAGAAAGCCCUUUCGUAUAGGCUGGUGGCUGUGGACUUUACCAAGAUGAAGAGAGGUAUUGAUGGAGUCAUGCGUACCAUGAACACAGAGAAGCUGAUCAAAACGUUGCCUAUCAUUCAAAACCAGCUGGAUGCGCUGCUGGAUUUCCAGGCUAACCCUAAUGAGCUGACUAACGGAGUGAUCAACGCUGCCUUCAUGUUGCUCUUCAAAGACUCAAUCCGUCUGUUUGCUGCCUACAAUGAGGGUGUUAUCAACCUGCUGGAGAAAUACUUUGAUAUGAAGAAAAACCAGUGUAAAGAUGCUCUGGACAUCUAUAAGAAGUUUCUGUACAGGAUGACCAAGCUGUCAGAGUUUCUUAAAGUGGCUGAGCAAGUUGGAAUUGAUCAGGGUGACAUCCCAGAUCUCACUCAGGCUCCCAGCAGUCUCCUGGAGGCUCUUGAGCAGCACCUAGCCUCUCUGGAGGGAAAGAAAAUCAAGGAGCUCUCCGCUGACAACAGAGCCAACACUCUGUCCAAUGCGGUGUCGUCCCUGUCCAACACGGGCAUGUCCUUCUCCUUCUCAUCCAGCAGGAUGGACGAGAAGGAGAAACAACUGGCCCUGGAGGAGGAGCAAGCCCGUCUGCAAGCUCUCAAGAACCAGCGUUUGAAGGAGAUCAACAUUCAGACGCCCUCCACCUCGCCCAGUACACAGUCUAUGGGUAGUGUCAACAACCACACUGCGGGCAUGGACUUGUUCACCAACACCACAAGCCCACCCUCAACAAACAGCAUGCCAAACCUCACCAGUGACUUGUUUGACCUCCAGCCUGCCUUCGUUCCUGCUGUGCAGAGCACUCCCAUCUCCACCACCAGCAAAGCCUGGGGAGGUCUAGAAAGCAGCACUCUUCAUCCCAUGGCCUCCAUGGCUUCCAUGUCCACCAUGAAUGUAGAUUUUGAUGCUGUAUUUGGGACUAAUGCUUCCAAUAGUGAUGUGAAGCCAUCAGCUGGUCAUGAUGCGUUAGGAGACUUGUUGAAGCCCACGGUGAACGUUCAGAUUCAAGCACCAGUCAUGCCCCCUCAUACAGGCAGUAAACUGUUGGCCAAUGACCUGGACUCAUCCCUGGCCAACCUCGUAGGCAACCUGCGCUUUGGGGGAAUACCAGGCAAAAAUGUGUUUACAUGCAGGUCUGAUAUGCAGUGGACUCAGCCUGGAGAGAGGAAGCUGACCGGUGGCACUAACUGGCAGUCAAAGACGAUGAGCAGCACCACUGCCUGGAGCCCCGCCCCCUUGCCACCUGCUGCCAUGCCACCUGCCGCCAUGCCCGUGCCACACAUGCAGACUGGAAUGUUCUAUGCUAGUUAUGCUCCUGCUCCCAUGGCGUUUCCCAUGACAACACCUCAAGUGCCUGUUUAUGGAAUGGUCCCUCCUCAGCUGGGACAGAUGGGAGGGGUUCCAGUAAUGACCCAACAACCCAUGUUGUACAACCAGCCUGUUCUCAGACCCACUAACCCUUUCACCCCCAUCCCUGGAGCUCAGAUGCAGUUCAUGUAAAAGUAGCACUUGAGCAGAGCGCCAAACAAGACGGCUGAAAAGAACAACAAGCAAGUGAGAGGAGGAUCCAACUACCACCAAAUAAAAGGAGAUCAGGACAAAAAGAAAGAGUGUGCAUAUUGAAAGGAAUGUGUUUGUGUCAAGAAUGUUUACCUCACUGUCUGAAACGGCUUACCUAACACACACACACACACACACACACACACACACACACACACCCCAGACGAGAGCGCAUAUAGUGUGUCAUUUUUCAUCUCUUGAGGUUAAUUUCUUUCCUGGGGCACAGUGUCUACUGGCAGGUGUGAUACAUCAUAGAAAGCGUAGAUUUUACUGCAGAUAUUAAAUUACCUUGCACAGAGCACUCUUCCUUUGUUUUUUUUUACUUCAUAAUUAAUAUGAAUUAGAUCUAAAGCCCAACACUUUGGACUUCCUGUUACUGUCUUUGUUUGCUCUGUUAUGAAGAUGCCUGUGUUGAGUUCAGGAAAACUGAACAGUAAAGGUUACAAGGUCAUAAACGUGUUUAAAUCGCUCGU